AUGCCUGAUGGGAACAUCAAGAAUCGGGUCUUGAACAUCUCCAAGCCGGUGCUGAAGCAGUAUUUGCAGCAGUAUCAGGAGCAAGAACCAUGUGCUGCAUCUCAAAUGUUGCAAACUUUGCCCUCCAAGAUGAACAAUCUUCCAAAACAACUUCGAAUGACGUUUGAGAAGAUGGAAUUUGUGCGCCUGGAUCACAGAUUGAUGGCUACUCCUGCAGCCAUGCCGACCAGGGUGACCAAAAGGAGUGUUACCAUGAAGUUUGGAAUUUUACAAGAUUUGUCUUUGAGAGAUGCCGUGGUGUUGUGCCCUCGAAAUCAUGGUCCUGAGAGCAUUCAGGAUGCCAAGGCUGAUGGCCGCCUUGAGAUGCUUGCUUUGGCUGAUGCAGAUCCGGAUUCUGCUGCUGAUGCGUUGAUCGUAAAACCCAAGCUGAAAGCUUCAGGUCAGAAGAGCAAGGUUCCAGAAGUUGCCAGUGUCCUGGACGAUUUGAAGAAGAAGUUGGCCGAUCGCAAGAACGGCAUCACUGAGGAAAAGCCUGAGAAAGAUGCAGUCAUCCCUGCGCCACCUCUGAAGCGCAGCAUCCAGGAAGUUGUCAAAUGUGAGGAAGCCAAGAAGCCAGCUUCAGUCCAGAAGAAGCCGGCCCAAACUAAAAAAAGUCUGCCUUCCAAAGUCAAGACGCCACAUGUGCCUAAGAAGCAGGAACCCAGACCCAUUCCUGCCUGGUGGAAUGACAAGCAAGAGCUUUUGAAAUCAUUUCCAGAGGACACCGACAAGCGCUUUGCCUCAAGGUGCUACCACUUUGUGAAGAAGAAUGAGAUGCGCAAAGGUGUUUCUAAGGACCUGGCUACCUUGAUUGCUCAAAGGGCUCACCAAGAAGCCAAAGAUCGUUGGCUGAAGUUGUUUCCCAACGCAUAG